AUGAAUCGCCAAUCUCAUGGUGAACGUGGUGGACGUGGUGGGCGUGGUGGACGCGGUGGACGCGGCGGGCGUGGCGGCUCGCGCCCCUCCCACCCAAGCGUGCCCCCCUCAAGAUCCAUCAACCCCGGCACACUCGUCAACAUCGUUCUCAAGGCCGACCAGCCCACAGGUCGUACAGUUACAGGCGCGGUUAGCGAGUUGCUUACGCGCGGGGAUCAUUCCCGAGGCGUUAAAGUGCGUCUCACUGACGGGCGCGUCGGAAGGGUGCAGAGCUUGCACAGUGGCGAGGGGCCAUCUAUUCCGAAACAAGAAGAAAUCCAAAGAGAGUCCGGAAGUAUACAAGAGAUUGAGGGUGGAAUGCAAUUAAGAACAGAGGGGGGCGAUGCAAGUGGGAGACGCAAUCGCUUUGGUGCGCACGAUAUGCGCCUUGACGGCCCGGAAGAGCCUUCGUCAGAACCGCUGGGGCUGGAUAUGUACAUUCGUCCAGCUAAGGGGAAGAAGCGUGGUGGUAAACCCCAGGACCAGAAGAAUGUCGAUGAGAGAGAUGAUGCUACAGUUAAAAAUUCAAGUUCCUCUGCCCAGAAAACGACCGCGGUUGUCUCAUGUCCUAUUUGCAACGCAUUUGAGGGUGACGAGGCUGCCGUGGCGCAUCAUGUUGCAGGUCAUUUUGGGGAGUGA